AACCCUAGAUGAAGCAAUUCCUUGCGACAGGCCGGUCUGCUGAUCAGCGAGCAACGAUCGCUGGUGACCAAGCUGCUCGAGAACACCCAUACGAUAACCCGACCUCUUCGCUUUGGGCUUCUCUAGCUGGGUCUUCGGUAUUGCUGUUCAUCAUCUGACAAAUUGCAGCAUCUUUUCGGUAUAGAUAUCCUCAGAGGCAAAUAGAGUGAAAGAUGUAUUCGUCCCAACCUACUCGAUUCCCUGUCACGCACAAGUCCGUUUCUUUGGAUAUCAAGGGGAAUAAAACGGACAUUGUUAUCUGUAAGUAUGAUGACAAAUUUCUGGUCAUAGUAACCCAGAUCGGAUGCAUGGGGACCAUAUUGCAUGCUAGGAAGGAGGGAAGUGUAUCCACUGAGCCAACUUUCAGUGUUUCUGUCAUUUUUGGUAAAAGAGAUGAGCCAUGGCUUCUUGCCUGCGGUCGCCAAUUGAUUGAACAUAUAAGUUUGCCUUGGUCAAGGACACAUUACAGCAAGAUAUAUACAGGAAUCGUAUUCAACAAUUUUGCUCUGGCUCUUCUAGGCCUUUGGUGCUAUCUCUCGGGCUGAAGGACCAUUCUCCGGAAACUCUGAAGGAACUCACUGUAGCAGUCAUCGAGAAUUGCCUUUGGUAAUCAUCUAUUGCUAUUUGUGGUUAGCUAUUUUGUAGGGAUUCAGGGUGGCACCCCUACUCGAUAUCCAGCAACCUGCGAGCCAAUGUAUGUGUGUAAAACUUUGGUGAAAAUACAAAUAUCAUUUGAAGAUCAUGAUUUAUGAUUUGUAGGAGGGAUGGACUUUAUUCUGAAACCCUUUCCAUACCAAAGUUUAUUCUGAAAGAAGUAUAUUUUCAGAAACUACUUUCGUAGGUAGCUUUGGUUUUUCUCAUGUUCAACUAAAUUGAACAAACAAAUACAACAUAUUAAUCAAAUUUCGAAUUUGAUUAAUAUGUUUUAACGUUCUGACAUUAUGGCAGAUAUUCAGGUGAGAUUUGAGUUGAAAAAUUCUUGCACUUGUCGUGAGAUCUUGUAUUUCUUUUCUCUGUCCUCUAAUGUACUUCUGAUCACUUCAUCAAAGAAUAUAACUCAAAGGUCUUUUUCUAUGCA